CGCAGGACAAUACGCUGUCGUUUGAAAAACAAUAUUUUCGCGGAGUCUACGAAAGUAAAAGAGAUCAAAAGAUAAGAAAGAAUGGGAGCAGAAGAAGAUGGAGAGAUUCGUCAAGGCAGCAAUCAAACUACGCAAAUCGCGAUUUCGAGAGAUCAGUUUCUCGCGUGGAAGCGCCAAAAGGACGCUGAAUCAUCAGCUAAACAAGCUGAAGCAGCUAGGAAACGUGAACAAGACAUAGCAGCAGGCCGUGUCGAGAUGAAUGGCCGAGAGCUUUUCUUGCACCAGCCUUGGGUUUUUGACGACACUCCUCACCUUUAGAUUCUUCUAUUCAGGUGAUUCAGACAAGAUCAAUGGGAGAUCGAUCAGUGACCCAACUCUGUUUUUUUCUUAUGUUCCAUUAUCUUAGUGUUUUAAUCAGAAAUUUUGUUGGAUAAUGCGACUGUUUGUUAUGGGAGAUUUGAUCAUAUUUGCAUUUAUGGUUGCUAUCAAAGUCCUUACUAUU